AUGGAUUCUGAAUAUCAACAGCGUGUCCCACCUACUGCUUCAAAUAGACGACGUCGUGAAUUGGAUGUAGACCAUCAACGGGGACGAGGGCGUGGGCGAGGACGAGGUCAAGGUCGUGAUCCAGUUUCGGUAGAAUAUGAUAUUCCCAAUGCCAGUCAAAGUGGGGGCCGAAGCCAAAGACGAGUUGAAGGUUAUGAUAUGCCUGACAUUGCUGUGGAGGAUACCUCUUUACCUGAUUCUCCUACUGUCCAGGAAGAGUACCUUACUCAUGCUUUUCCAGGUGGACUGACUGAUCCGUCAAUACUGCGGAGUUUCAAUAGUCAUGUGGCUACAACUAUUUGGCACGGGGAGGAACGAGGGCCCCUAAAGUGUCAUAAUCACUCUUCCAAGAUCCUUGCAUGGCCAUGGUGGUUAGUAGAGAACAACACCAGAUUCAAAGCCAUUAUUGAGCAGUCUGGACUGUCACAGUUAGCUCGUUGCACUUAUCGGUUCGUCAACAAACUUCUAAUCUCCAGUUUUGUUGAGAGAUGGCAACCUGAGACGAACACAUUUCACAUGACAGUUGGUGAGAUGACCUUGACCCUGGAUGAUGUUGGCACUAUUCUUGGCCUUCCCAUUGUAGGCAAAUCAGUCAGCAUACCAGAUGUGACAGAUCAUCAUGGAGUUACAUUACUCGUUUAUGGCUUGGGGAUUACUGAACGUGCAAUUUGUUUGGUAAUGGGUUUAUGA